AUGCUCUCCAACUGCUUGAUCCUGCAGCCCACAGUCAGCUCCACCUCUGAUCUGAUUGGAGCUUCUCCAGCACGCCGUGUUCACCUUGCAGGAUCACCCAGCAACACUGUUUCCUCUGCUCCUCGUCCUCAGACGAUAGAAACACCGUCUGUGGGUUUGGCAGCAGAACAUUUUGUGUCACAUGAGCCCUCAGCGGCACCGUAUUUCCCCCUGAGUGAGUGUGCAUGUGUGUGAGAAAGAGAGUUUCAGUCACACAUCCAACCUGAAACUCCAUUUCUGUCAUCUCACGGAGGAAGAGGAGGAAAGAAGAAGAAAAAAAUCAAUUGCAUAUUGGCUUUUCCAACCAUCACUCUUGAAAUCGAGCAUUUUUCUUGCAGCUUCAGAGAGCAAUUUCCCCCCCGGCUGUUUGAGGUUCAGAUAUCUCCUGGGUGAUUCAGCACAGCUCCACAAUGCAGCAGCUCGGCUCAGUCCUUCACAGCUCCCGGCCACGGAUAAAGACCCGCUCAGCCGCCACGUCUCUGCCCGCUUAUCUGCCCGGCGCCGCUCAGGAACCCGGGCAGUAA